AUGUCAUUGACGCCUCCGGGGCAGAUACUUCGCCUGCCGCCUUACGCGUCCGAGAUCACAGAUGCCGAUGAAGAAAUCUUUCUGCUUUAUACGCGAUUAGCAGCAGUAAAAUCCACGGACGACAACGACGCGACGCACUUCCACGGCCUCGGGUUCGUAGACUCGGCCCACGACAGGCUACCCGUACGUUUGGAGAUCAAACCUCGAGCACCCGCAGAGCCGGAUACUGUUUCGAGUGGCAUAUCGCGCGGCGCCCGAAAGAAGAGGAAGGCGAUGAUAUCGCAUAUGGUCUGCGAGUGGGAGCUGUGGCAGGAUAAGACGGCGUUGAGGAGCCGGGCGGGCGAUACUGGAAGCGUGCUGUGGCAAGCGAGCGUCGACUUCGCGACAUUUGUGUUGCAACAGCGGUACUUCCCGUACCCGGACUCGCUGUUCGAUGUCCCGCAAUUGGCUUCCGCGCGCGUGGUUGAGCUGGGAGCAGGGACCGGUCUCCUUGGUACAGCGCUUGGUCCGCUCUUCGCGCAGUAUACCGCGACAGACAUUCCAGCGCUCGUGCCGCUCCUGCACAAAAACAUGGACAAUGCCAAGCGCAACAUAUCUGCACAUGCCCUCGACUGGACGCUACCCGCCUCCCGACAGCUAUCCGAUGACGUCCUCCGCGAGCCACUGGACCUCAUCCUCGCCGUCGACUGCAUCUACAACCCCUCGCUCGUCCCACCGCUGCUCAGCAUGAUCUCGCAGCUAUGUACUCCGAACCGCACGAUAGCUCUGGUUGUCUCUGAGCUGAGAUCCGAGGACGUCAUGCGCGAGUUCAUGGGGGGGUGGCUCGGACGCGAAGAGGAGGGUUGGAAGUUGUAUAGCGUGAACGGGGAGGGCGCUGAAUGUCUCCUUGGGCCGAGAUAUGCGAUAUGGGUCGGGUGGAGGACGAUAUGA